AUGAACACAACAGCGAGCGAUCGCGGUCUCUCGCUAGAUCGUUUUUUUGGUGUAUAACAUUAGAUGAGGGUGACAUGAUAGAAAACAAUGAUACCAGUCAAAUUGUUCACGGUCACCCGAACACGCAACUGUCUUUUAUCAUUCAAUACCACAUUCGUGACAUUGGUCUCAUGACACAGUAAAAUGAUAGUUCAUUUCCGGUCGGUUUACUAUAUUUAGGGUACAUUUUAUCGAGUGUCCUCUACUCGUGUCCUGUAAAUAUAUUUGAUGAGGGAUAUAAUGCGUUUGGUGUUAAUUUAGAAAUUUCAGACGCCUAAAGGAUCUUUAAAGUAUGGUGCCAUAUUUAACAAAAAUGGUUCCGUUUUGGUAGUGGUGCCGUUUUAACACCUGCAGUAACUAAGUAAGUGCGUCCUGCAUAGUCACAGUGACAGUGCACUACAAUUUUGGUGACAAAAUUAACAAAAGGAACUUAAGUCGGCCCUACAUCUCUCAGAUGUCGGUUAUCAAGUUUUCAAGGAGCUGUACUUGCUGAAAAUGCAUCCAGGAUACAAAUAUUUUUUGGAUCUAUGACAAAUGGAUAUUAUUUAAUGCCUUAGCAUUAUGAAAAGCGAUGGCUUUGUGUAAGAAAAUAAAAAAGGAAACUGACCUAGGGGACUAUGAUUCUGCAGAAAUUGUGCAGCCUAUUUCACAUGGUUCCAGCUCUUCAAUUGGUGAGAUUAACAAAGGUUCGGACACAUUGGUGAAUAAUACCCCUUCAACCAGUGCUGCUUCGCCGAUAUCUAAUUGUUCUGAUGCUUCGUUACAUUUGGUGAACCAAAGUAAAACCAAACCGACUAAUGAAAAUUAUCUGGUUAUUCAGUCAUACACAAACGGUUCAAAUGAACUUGAGUCUUCAGUUGAUGCUGAUGAUACUGAUAUUAGUGUUACGAUAAAACAAGAACUAGAUGUUGCUAGUUCUGCAGAUUUUAGUGAAGAAAAUUCUUGUAAUCUGAGUAAUGGAUCAGAAUUGGGUGGUUCAUCACCAGGAGAAAAGAGAAAUGAUGCAACUGAAAAUGGCAAGAUUGGUUGUCUAAAGCGUGUUAAUACUACUAAGACGUCUAGAAAGGCCUUCCCCUGUGAUAUGUGCAGCAAGACGUUUGCCCGCCAUUCGGGCUUGUUGGAUCAUCAGAUUGUUCACGGCAGGCAGGGAAAGUACAAGUGUUCAGUGUGUAUGAAGAGCUUCACUUCCAGCUCCAAUCUUGCCAAUCACACGCGGGUGCACACUGGGGAGAAGCCGUUCGAGUGUGAGGACUGCAGCAAGACCUUCAAGCAGAUGGGCCAGCUGCGCAAUCACGAGAACACGCACACGGGCCAACGCAGAUUUCAGUGUGAUGUGUGUCGGAGGCCCUUUUUCACAAUGUCCGGCAUGAAUCAACACAAGAAGUGUCACUCUGGAGAUAAACCGUUCCUGUGCAGCGUGUGCGAUCGGCCGUUUCCACUCCGAUGGCAGCUCAAUCAGCACUUCCGCACCCACACCGGCGUGAAACCGUAUAAAUGUGAUCAGUGUGACAAGAGCUAUCCUUCACCCUCGGCGCUUUACGUUCACAUGAAGUUACACACGGGCCAGAAGCCGUUCCACUGUGACACGUGUGGAAAAGAUUUCAUCCACAACUGGGCACUUAAAAUGCAUGCAAAGAGCCAUUCGAAUGAGAAACCUUUCAAAUGUGACCUUUGUGGUCAGUGUUUUGCGGAUAAGUAUUAUCUCAACCGCCACGUCAAAACACACAUGGGCGAGCGAAGAGUUAAGUGCAAGAUUUGUUUCAGAGGGUUUGUGACUCAGGAAGCAUUGACAAAACAUCUGAAGAUUCAUGAGAAGAAGAGGAAUUUUGUUUGUGAUAUCUGUGGGAAAGGCUACUUCACGAAAAACAAGCUUACGGAACACUACCGCAAGCACACUGGAGACCGGCCUGAGAAAUGUGACCUUUGCGGGAAAUGUUUUGCUAGGUCAGACACACUCAGAGUUCACAGACAGUCUCAUUUUAAACCUCCACGUGAAGUGAAGGAAGGCAGUCAUGGUGGUUACCGUGUGUAUGGUCCACAGGCAAGGGUUCAGCCCAUAUUCAUUAAAAAAUUAACGGAAGAAAUGUCUGAACCUGAAACAAAUACUCACGAUACAAUGCCAGAACAUGAAACAAAUGCUCACAAUAAAAUGCCUGAACUUAAAACAAACACUCGAGAUAUUGCAUUAAAUUUAUUAAAAGUGCUAAGUUGUGAAUUGGGAUUAGGCCCAGAACAAAUCAAAGAAGUGGCAUCUACAAUGAUAAAAGAAGUAGAUAAACAAAGAGACAGUUUAUUCAGCAUUACCAAAAUUGUUCCUCGGAUUUCAGUCGAUACACUUGUAGACAGGACAGUAGUGAAGGUACCCAAAUGUACUGCCAUAGAGCUUGACCCAAACCAGGAACCUGUGCCCACUGGGCAUGUUAUUAGGAAUUUUAAAGUUGGACAAUGUUACGGGAGUGAUAAAAGUGACAAAAAAGGAGAUGAUCAAGUUGUUAGUGUGUCACUAAACAAUGAACACCAAAUGAAGGAAUUCACCGAUGGUCACUUUCAGUCCAUGCAGACCCUUCCUGACAGUGAUAAAAAUUCAGGUCAGAAAAAGAAAGAUGCUGUUAGGUCCCAUAUUAGGUCUAGGUGUCCUGAUAUGGAUGACUCUAAUAUGAAGCUUGACAGUAUUCCUCUCAGUCUGUCAUUGCGAAUUGAGCCAUGUAAAGAAACUGAAACUGAAAGUGAAGACUCAAAUGCUGAGAGUUGUGGCCGUCUUUGUGAUGAUGUCAACCUUGAAACUGAAGAACCUUCUUUUGAAAUUGACUUGGCUGAACCACUGACUGAUGACGAAUAGUAAUUCGUGAAUGUAAUUACAUCAGCUAAUAUCACAAAAUAAAGCAAAAUGAAGGGAUUCGUAAUAUUUAGUGCAUUGAAUGUUACAAGUAAUAUGUUGGUUUAGGAAAUGGUUCUUUGUUAAAAAUAUAGUAUAAACUAUUGAAAUGCUAUUUCAAAUAAUUAUUUAAUGAUUACAAGUAGUAUGACAUUUUUAUUAUUUAAAUAACCCAUUGGUUUGAAGUCACAAGUUUGUCAUUUUUACUUAAUACUACAUGUACUAAAUGACUGCAACUUUGUAUGCUGCCACUCGUGUAACGGCAGCAUGAGGUGCUGCUCUGGCAUAAGAGUGAAUAAAUCAACAUUUUUGUGGUCA